AUGUCUAACCGUCAAAAUAAUCCCGCUAACUUCGCCAACCGCUCCAAGGAAGAAGUCCAGAACAUCGCAUCAAAGGGUGGUCAAAGUAGCCAUAGCGGUGGAUUCGCGUCCAUGGAUUCUCAGAAGCAGCACGACAUCUCUUCUCAGGGUGGCCAAGCCUCGUCCGGAUCCUUUGAACCUGGUAGUGAGCGUGCUAGAGCAGCUGGACGUAAGGGCGGUCGCGCUACUGGUAACACCAACCAAACUAGCUAUGAGGAAGAUGAAACCUAUAUGGAUGAUGAACAGUAA